CAGACAAUUUUUGGUUGAUCAACUUUGAGUUAGUAAACCUACUUUGUAUUACAUUAAGACCUUCAAACAACUUUCAGUUUUAGAACUUUGAGUUAGUAAACCUCCCUUGACAUGUUUAUGAAGGUUAAAGAACUUUGAGUAAACAAUGCAAGGGAGUAUAUAUAUAUAUCUUAAUCAGUCUUUUUAAAGUGUUUGCAGGACGACAAUAGAUAUAGAUAGGCAAUAUUUUUGGUUUAGUGGCGGUGGUGACUAGGCCAUUGGUGUCGAUUGUGAAUGGUACUGACCUGUUCUGCAGGUUUGAGGAGAUGCCUACAGACAGAUUUGUUGAGAGCAGUGAUGAGGACGUUGUUUGUUUUGCUAACAAGUUACACCCAAUGGAUGCGUUUGGCUUUGAAUGUACCUUGGACAAAGUAAUUGAAGAACUUAAGAGUUACAAUGACUUUUCCAUUCACCGGUAUGACUUUUCAGGAAAUCUUGACCUCGUAAGAUAUAUCAAAACCAUACAAGAGGAAGGACUUUAUGCCGUUCUUAGGAUUGGGCCAUAUGUAUGUGCAGAAUGGAAUUACGGAGGGUUUCCAGUGUGGUUGCACAACAUUCCAGGCAUCAAGUUCAGGACCAAAAAUGAUGUGUUUAUGAACGAGAUGUCAAAUUUUAUGACGGUGAUUGUGGACAUGAUGAAACAUGAGAAUCUCUUUGCUUCACAAGGCGGGCCUAUAAUUAUUUCUCAGGUCUGUGAAUUAUAA